ACUCCACACACGAUAAAAAGACGAGGAAGAGGGUAGAGGUGAGGAGAUCGCGUGCAAACAGAUACAGGGGAAGAGCCUCCUUGAGCACCACAGGAGAUGGCUCACCUCUCCUCUUCCCUCCUCCUCCUCGUGGCUGCUUCGGCCGUCAUGAUCCUCACCGUCGCACCCCAGGCGGACGCCCGCCGUCACAAGCCCCACCGCUUCAGCCUCCACCACCAAAACCUCGGCAGCAGCCUGCCUUUCCUGGGCGUCCAGAUCAACGGCCUCUGCAGGUCCACCGACUACCCGGACGUCUGCAUAUCGGCUCUGAGCUCGUCCCCAUUGGGCCCCUUGAGCCCAGCGACGGCCAUCAUCAGCACCAUCCGAGCCAUCGACCUCAAGGCCAAGGUGGCGCGCGGUGUCUCCCUGCAGCUGGCCGCCCGUGCCACGGACAGAAUGACGCGAGAGAACCUGAAGAACUGCGCCGAGAUGUACGCCGAUGUGUCAUUCAACCUGGCGAAGUCGUUGGCGAACGUGAGGUCCAGGGACCGCAACGUCCUCAACGUCAACCUCAGCGCUGUUAUUGACGACUUCGAGACAUGUAACGACGGGUUCGUGGAGAAUGGCACCAGGUCGCCCCUUGCUGCCCAAAAUGAUGUGAUGAGGAAGAUGGCUAGCAACGGCUUGGCCCUGGCUGAGAAGUUGAAGUGAACGGAAACUAAAAGGGGAGCAGAUCCCGUGGUCUGCCGAAUCACGUUCUUAAAUGGAUCUGACGUCUGUGACUUCUGAUGUUGCCGUCGCCUGCGUUGGGUAGGACCCAUCAUAAAACCAUAUGUUACCAACGCUGGUAAUGGCCAACGGUGAUCGCCCAUCACUGGAAUGGACGGCGGAGAUUCCGGAUCCGUUUGAGAAUGUGAGUUGGCGGAUUGCAUGAUCUGCUCGCAAGAACGGUGCAAGUACUUUUCCUUUUAAUUUCUUGUUAGAUUAAUAAAGAUGUGUGCGGGUUGUGGGGGUUGUGGUGUUUGAUAUAAAUGGGGUCUGGUCCCUUGAAGGACCCUUUGUUU